CUAUGUGAAGAUUCAUCUGAUGCAGAAUGGUAAAAGGCUGAAGAAAAAGAAGACAACAAUCAAGAAAAAUACCCUAAACCCAUACUACAAUGAGUCAUUCAGCUUUGAAGUCCCAUUUGAGCAAAUACAGAAGGUGCAGGUUGUUGUCACUGUCCUGGACUACGACAAGAUUGGCAAGAACGAUGCCAUCGGGAAGGUCUUUGUGGGCUAUAACAGCACGGCUGCAGAGCUUCGCCAUUGGUCAGACAUGCUGGCCAAUCCAAGGCGUCCCAUAGCACAAUGGCACACCCUGCAGGCUGAAGAAGAAGUGGAUGUUGCCCUUGGCCUAAAGAAAUGAAAAGCCUUUCAGUGUUCCUCCAUUUCAUACUCAUCAUCAAGUGUGUGUAAAUAUUGUACCUCAGCCUCCUGACCCCAGACGGGACAAAACCUGUAAAACAAAAACAGUAAGACUUAGAAGUGGACAUACUGGUCAGACUGGUCCUCCAUUCUGAAUAUACAAGACAAGGCAGACCAGUAUGUUCUCAUCGACUAGUUUUACUGGUUUUCCCUUUCCAGCCACUUCCGGUGGUUACUCUCCCAUCCCACUCAGUCCCUUUCCCACUCCACUGCACCAUUAUUUAAACAUAGAUCUGGUUAAAGAACAAAUAUUCCUUCAAAUAUUCCAUUCCUGUCCAAACCUAUCAUCCUUUUAAGCAAGAGAUAACAAGGUGUAGAG